AUGGCCGAUCUGUCGCCAAAACCGGUGUUUAAUGGUUUGACGUUAGAGACGGCAAUCUCAGUUACAAAAUCGAUACUGCUGUUUGUUGGGCUUGUAUCCACUGUAAUUUUGUUCAAAGUGGCUAUAAUUCCAAAAUUAGUGAGUCUUCUCAUCACGACUCCUCCUCGCUUAUGGGUCUCCUUCGGAUUCUGGCUCUCUCCACCCUACGUCUUCUUCGUCUUCAAUUUCAUCAUCGUCGCCGUCGCUGCCUCCUCCGCCUUCCGCCGCCAAAAAGACCCACCCGACGGUAAUUACACCCCCAUUUCUCAUCCAUCCACUCCCUAUAAAUCGAUGCACGAGGACCAAAAUUUUUCGAUCACUGCUCGCUCCAGAGAAAUCUGGAAUAAUGGGAUCUUGCACGAGGACGAUCAGAACGAACGUGGGAAAGAAGAAGAAGGGAAGCCGGUGAAAUGGGAUUUUUCGACCGGAAAAGUCGAUGACCCGUUGGCGGAGAAGUUGUGCGCAUAUUCCGGCGAGAAGGUGGAGGAGGAGGAGGAUGACGGCGAGUCGCUAGACGCGACGUGGAAGGCCAUAAUGGAAAGGCAAGGGAAGCAGACGGCGCAGCUGAAGAAGAGCCAGACAUGGGACUCCCCACCACGUUUAAUUAGAGCCGUGGCGGACGGCGGCGAGGAGGACGCCGCGGCGUGGGCCCGGAAUGAGGUGAAAAAGUCGGAGAUGUUCAAGCAAACACUGUCGUUCCGGAGAAGGAUAUCGAUGAGUUCGGAGGAAUUGAAGAGCCGGGCAGAGGCGUUCAUAGAGAUGGUAAACAGGAACAUUCGCUUACAGAGGCAAGAAUCAGAGCAACGCUUCCUGCAGGCACUUAAACGCAGCGUUUAG